GGGGAAGCCAGCGAGGCGCGCGGGGCUGUGCUGCCGAUCUGCGCACUUCCCUGUGAGGGUUCGGAGCCCUUACCCCCACCACCCGGAGAAGGUGGCCGAGGGGGGCCUCUGUCUGGUGGGCUCAGGCAUGACGCCAGCAGGACGGCUCAGAGCUGUCAGAGCAUAUACUUGAGUGAACGUCCCGUCCCGCGAGGUCCCGAAUGGAGCCCACAUCCAGGGGCUUUUAAAUUCACUAGAAGAAACCAGUCAAACGCAGUUCCUCGGCGGCCUGGCCGCAAGCAGGUGCUCCGUGACCUCCGAACAGGGGAUUUCCACCUUCGCGGAAAGUGUCUUGGACGUCCCAGCUCUAGGUCCCGGGGGCAGCCUCCUCCGAAAACUUGUUAGCAAUGCAGAUGAUGGACCCUGCCCUGGAGCCCAGCAUCCGGCUGGUGGGGGGCAGGGGGGCGGGGGGCUGGGACCGGGCCCUCUCAGUUCACCGGCUCCCCGCUUCCGGGGGGAUUCAUCAGAGGCCCCCCCCACCCCUCCCGGAACCCAUCCACUCUUCAGUUUCGUUUCUGUGGCCGUCAGCGUCAUUUCUGAGGUUUCGUUUCUCUGGCUGUUGUGAAGGAAAAGCUCGGGGGAGGAGUGGCUCACCCACCAAAUAAAAGGAAGCGUUGGAAGAGAGAGGGCUGAUCUGAGGAGUCUCCGUCCUGCCGUCGUGAAGGCUCACAGAGCUCGCCAAGAAGCACCUGCCGGCUCCUCUGGCCAUCAGCUGAUGCCGAAAAGCCACAAGUCUGGGCAGCAGCCGAGGCACAACCUGCCCCCCUCCCCGCCCUCUCCAAAGGCAGAAAUGAGUUUCUUCCCACAGCAGCCAUCGCCAUUCGGCGCCCCAGCGGGACAAAUGAGGUUUCCCCCCAACUUUAUGGGUUCUCCCCAACUGGGAGAGAAGAACCCAGCCUUCCUCACCAAGAACUUCAACUUGAUGACAUUGAACCCUCAGGUGCCGGGAGAAACCAGGGGCCCUCAGACGACAAAGGGGCUGGAGAACAACCUGUACAGCCAGUACGAGGAGAAGGUGCGCCCCUGCAUCGACCUCAUCGACUCCCUGCGGGCCCUGGGCGUGGAGCAGGACCUGGCCCUGCCCGCCAUCGCCGUCAUCGGGGACCAGAGCUCGGGCAAGAGCUCCGUGCUGGAGGCGCUGUCGGGCGUCGCCCUUCCCAGAGGCAGCGGAAUCGUAACCAGAUGUCCGCUGGUGCUAAAGCUGAAGAAGCAGCUGGCAGGAGACGCCCAGUGGACGGGGAAGAUCAGCUACCGGAGCACCGAGCUCCAGCUGCAGGACCCCUCCCAGGUGGAGAGGGAAAUACAUAAAGCCCAGAACAUCAUCGCCGGGAAUGGAGUUGGCAUCAGCCACGAGCUCAUCAGUCUGGAGAUCACCUCCCCGGAGGUUCCGGAUCUGACCCUCAUUGAUCUUCCCGGCAUCGCCAGGGUGGCCGUGGGAAAUCAGCCCCAGGACAUCGGACUACAGAUCAAGGCCCUCAUCAAGAAGUACAUUCAGAGGCAGCAGACCAUCAACUUGGUGGUGGUCCCCUGUAACGUGGACAUCGCCACCACAGAGGCGCUGAGCAUGGCUCACGAGGUGGACCCCGAAGGAGACAGGACCAUAGGGAUCCUGACCAAACCGGACCUGGUGGACAAGGGCGCCGAGAAAAAUGUGGUGAGCGUGGCGCAGAACCUCACGUACCACCUCAAGAAGGGCUACAUGAUAGUCAAGUGCCGGGGCCAGCAGGAGAUCACCAACAAGCUGAGCCUGGCGGAGGCCACCAAGAAAGAAAUGAUGUUCUUCCAGACGCAUCCGUAUUUCAGAGUCCUCCUGGAGGAAGGCAAGGCCACGGUGCCCCGUCUGGCAGAGAGACUCACCACCGAGCUCAUCUGGCACAUCAACAAAUCACUCCCGCUGUUAGAAAAUCAGAUCCGGGAGAGCCACCUGAGCGCCACGGAGGAGCUGCGCCAGUGCGGGGAGCACAUCCCCAACACCGACGCCGACAAAAUGUUCUUUCUGGUCGAGAAAAUUAAAGUGUUUAAUCGGAACAUUGAAAGGUUAGUAGAUGGAGAAGAAGUCGUGAAGGAAAAAGAGACCCGCCUAUACAACAAACUCAGGGAGGAGUUUAAACAAUGGGUCCUCGUACUUGCAGCCAAUUCCCAAAAGGUUAAAAAUAUUAUUCAUGAAGAAGUCUCAAAAUAUGAAAACCAGUAUCGGGGCAAAGAACUUCUUGGGUUUGUCAACUACAAGACGUUCGAGACCAUCGUGCAGCAGUACAUCCAGCAGCUGGUGGGGCCCGCCCUGAGCAUGCUCCAGAAGGCCGUGGAAACCGUCCGGCAAACGUUCAUUGACGCAGCCAAAAUACAUUUUGGCGAAUUUUCCAACCUUAAUCAAACAGCCCGGAACAAGAUUGAAGACAUAAAAGCAAAGCAAGCAGAAACAGCAGCAAAUAUGAUCCACCUGCAGUUCAGGAUGGAGCAGCUGGUUUAUUGUCAAGACCAGAUUUACAGUGAGAUUCUGCAAAAAAUUCGGGAACAGACUUUUAACACGGACGGAAGCGUUUCACAGGCUCCUCCCCUGAGACUGUCUUCUUCAAAUACUUCGUCUUCUGUUUCCUCCAUCACUGAGAUCGGGAUGCACCUGAACGCCUACUUCCUGGAGACCAGCAAGCGGCUCGCCAACCAGAUCCCAUUCAUAAUUCAGUAUUUCAUGCUCCAAGAGAAUGGCGAUUACUUGCAGAAAGCCAUGAUGCAGAUACUACAGGAAAAGGACCAGUAUUCCUGGCUGCUUCAGGAGCAGAACGAGACCGCCCUCAAGAGGAAAUUCCUCAAGGAGAAGAUCUACCGGCUCACCCAGGCGCGGCGCGCUCUCUAUAAAUUCUCCUCUUAAAGGGGCAGAUAGGUGGAAGGGCGACAGUACUUGGGAGUUUUAUCUUAGGUGGGUUCGUUGUAAGGGGAUGUGGUGCAGGGAGUGGCUUCUGGUUCGGGCCAGCCUUUCCCGUUGCUGUCUGUCCGUCUUCGCCGAACUGCCCCAGAGUUAGAUCUCAAGCCUACACUUGCUUAGAGCUGUCACCUGCACCUGCAUGAACAGAUGUCUCUCCAGUCCUUGACCCCAUUGCCUCCAGUUACAGCUUUCUUAACUACUGCUGUCACUCCUUGUUCAUUUGUCUCUCCCCACCCAUCAGAUUAGGAGACCCCCGGAGAGGAAAAGUAAGUAUUAUAGUCUUCUUCCGUAUUUCCAGAAUUCUCCGUGGCACCUGGCACAUAGUAGCCGCUCAAUAAAUGCUAUCUCAGUGAACAAAUGAAUGAUGGAGAUUACCUGAGGCCAUGGCUGGAAUCAGACUUUGCUUAUUGGGGAUGGUGUCCCUUAGCUGGUCACUUUCAGAUGAAUUGGGUCAUGCCACCUGCUGUGAUCACAUUUCCCAGCUCCCCUGGGAGAGAAGGACCUGAACAAUACUAUUAUUAAUUAUGGUAGAGGCCCAGUGCACGAAAUUCGUGCACUGGGUGGGGGGGGUGUCCCCACCUGCUUGCUGCUUCUUACCACUCGGCUCACUGCUCCUUAGCGCUGCCUCUGAGGCGGCUCCUGCCACCACAACUGCGCUCACCAGUCAUGAGCCUGGCUUCUGGCUGAGCGGCGCUUCCCCUGUGGGAGAUCACUGACCACCUGGGGGAAGCUCUGCAUUGAGCAUCUGCCCCCUGGUGGUCAGUGCACAUCACAGUGACAGGUCAUUUUGCCGUUCAUUAGAUUUGCAUAUUAGCUUUUUAUUAUAUAGGAUUGUUUCCCUAGUUACAACAAGCUCCUGUUGCUAUGUGUUAUUUUUUUACUUUUUUAAUUGAAUUUAUUGGGAUUACAUCUUUUAUAUAUUAAAUCUUAAAGGGAAAUUUAGUAAUUAAAAAACUUUAAAGAAAAAUUAUAGAGCUUCACACCAGUGGUCAUCUCUAGAUUGGAGGAGUGUAGCUAAUUUUAUUUUCUUCUUCGAGUUAAGCGAUCCCCACCUCACAGGAAUUUUAGGGGAGUUAACUGAAACCAUUUCUACAAACUACCUGUCCCAGGAGCUUGUGUUAAGAAAUGCCAGCAAUUCUUCCCUCCAGCAAAGACCUCUCUUUUUCUUUUUUUCUAUGUUCAUAGAGCAGCCCUCACUACUGAAGCUCUUCCGCCUGCUCUUAUGUUUAGUUCUCUGAUACUUUUUGAGCCAAUUGUUGUAGAUAACAGUCCAAUUUCAUUCUUGUGCAUGUGGAUGUUUAGUUUUCCCAGCCCCAGUGGUUGAAAAAAACUGUCCUUCCCUCCUUGGCAUGGCACCCUUGUCAAAAAUAAUCUGACCAUAUGUACGAAGGCUUAUUUCUGGGCUCUGUGUUCUAUUCCAUUGGUCUAUAUGUCUGUCUGUAUGCCAGUACACAGUUGUCAUAACUGUAGCUUUGUGGUACGUUUUGAAAUUAGGAAAUGUGAAUUUUUCAGCUUUGUUCAUCGUUUUCAGCAUUGUUUUGGCUAUUUGUAGUCCCUUAGGAUUCCAUGUGAAUUUUAGGAUGGGUUAUUUUUUAUCUCUGCAAAAAAAUGUCAUUGAUAUUUUAUAGGCAUUGCAUUAAAUCCGCAGGUCACUUUGGAUAGUAUUUGCAUAUUAACAAUAUUAAGUCUUCCAUUCCAUAAACACAGAAUGUCUUUCCACUCAUUUAUAUCUAUUUCAAUUUCUUUAAGCAGUGUUUUGUAGUUUUCAUUGUACAAGUCUUUCACUUCCUUGGUUAAGGUAGUUCCUAAGUUUUUUAUUCCUUUUGAUGGUAUUGUAAAUAUAACUGUUUUCUUAAUUUUUCUUUCUAAUUAUUCAUUAUUAGUCUACAAAAAUGCAACUGAUUUUUAUGUGCCCAAUUUGUGCCUUUUUACUUUGUUAGAUUCAUUUAUUAGUUAUAACAGUUUUUUGUUUUUUUU